UGCCACUCCCUCGCCGUUAUUUCAGGACGUAAGCAGAGUCCGCCCCAGAAAGUUCACCCGUAGACCGCAGAAUACCCCAACGGCCGCUUCUCGCUGUCGUUAUCGAAGCAACCGCUCUAGUAGCAAAGCAAAUCCCCCUGAUUCGCGCCGAUGGCGGCGGCGGCGGCGUCCGCGGCCCUGGGCGAUCUGCUGCUGCUUCAGGGGCAGGCGAAGCGCGAUCCGGAAGGAUACCGCGAGGAGUUCGAGCGGCAGCACCGCCACUACCGCGCGCUGCUGUCCGUGUUCUCGUUAAAGCCCCAUGCGGAGAGCAAAGAGUUCGGCGACCUCGUGAUGUUCCUCGCGCAGCUCGCCCCGUUCUACCGCGCUGCCAUGGCGGGGUUCCCAGGCGAGGUGAUGGCGCUGCUGCAGUCCCACGUGGACGUGCUGCACCCAAUGCUGCGCCGCCAGCUGGCGCACGCGCUCAUCCUGCUGCGCAACCGCCAGCUGCUGGGCCCAACCGACCUCAUUCCACACUUCUUCCGCCUGUUCCGCUGCCCGACAAGGCGCUGCGCAAGCUGGUGUUCUCGCACAUCGUGAAUGAUAUCAGGAGGCUCAACCAGAAGCACCGGAACGAGGGGGUCAACCGACCCAUUCAAAACAUGCUCUUUUCGCUGGUUC